GCUGUAAUGACGGUUAUUACGACACUGAUGGCGCUGCGCGUAUGUGUCCGGAAAUAAGCGGGGAGCCGCUCUCCAGUCCAGUUCAGCUCGCUGCGGACGGCCGAGCGGACGGACGGACUGACGGGCUGAUGCUCCGCGGUGUGUCCGGCACUGACGGGGCUUGGGCGGCUAACGGGAGUGCAGCGGUAUGGGCCUGUUCGCGCGGGUCCGGAAGGAGUGGUUCAUCGUGGGGAUCGUGUUGGUGAUCAGCGCCGCCAAGAUCGGCCCGUCCGUCGGGGUGAAGGGAGGUCCUCUUCGGCCAGAGAUCACUAUCACCUAUGUAGCUGUAUCAACCAUCUUCUUUAACAGCGGCCUGUCUCUGAAGACGGAGGAGUUGGCGAGUGCGUUAAUGCAUGUGAAGUUACAUUUGUUUGUUCAGACGUUUACUCUGGUGUUUUUCCCUGUGGCCAUCUGGCUGCUUCUCAAAGUUCUGGCACUCACUGCUAUUAAUGAAUGGCUUCUCAAAGGGUUGCAGACGGUGGGCUGUAUGCCCCCUCCGGUCUCCUCUGCAGUCAUCCUCACUAAAGCUGUAGGAGGAAAUGAGGCUGCAGCCAUUUUCAACUCCGCCUUUGGAAGCUUUCUGGGGAUUGUGGUCACACCUCUGCUGCUGCUUGUGUUUCUCGGCUCGUCCUCCUCUGUGCCGUUCUCCUCCAUAUUCUCUCAGCUCUUCAUGACGGUGGUCGUCCCUCUCGUAGUCGGACAGGUGUGUAGGAGGUUUCUGAGGGACUGGCUGGAGAGAAAGAAGCCCCCGUUUGGGACUGUGAGCAGUGUGGUCCUGCUCAUGAUCAUCUACACCACCUUCUGUGAUACUUUCUCCAACCCAGACAUCGAGCUGGACCACCUCAGUCUCCUUCUCGUCGUCUUUAUCAUCUUCUCCAUUCAGCUCACUUUCAUGUUACUGACGUUUCUCUUGUCUACCAGAGCGUCUUCUGGUUUCUCAGCAGCAGAUUCUGUUGCAGUUAUGUUUUGUUCAACACACAAAUCCCUAACUCUGGGUAUCCCCAUGCUGAAGAUUGUAUUUGAGGGCUAUGAGCAUCUCUCUCUGAUCUCAGUGCCUUUGCUCAUAUACCAUCCAGCUCAGAUCCUGCUGGGCAGCAUCUUAGUGCCCACCAUCAAAACGUGGAUGAAUGCAACUCAGAAGUCUAGUAUCUUAGUGCGCUAGGCCUGCAUGCCCUUCCCUCCUCUGCCUGCAAGUCCCAGUCAGCACUGAAACUGACCAAUCUGCAGCCCGUCUGAAAUCUUUGAAGAGCCAUGACCAAAGUCAGACAGACUGAACCAAACCGGACCUGACCGGAACCAGCCGGACUCGGCUGUGGUUCUGAAGAUCUUGAUUAGGGAAGAGGAACAUCCUCCUGGCGGAAGGAAAAGUUGGAUCAAAGUGCCUUAUUGAAGUGCAGUGGGACCUCAGGCGGCUGCUCCAGCUGGCCUCUCUACAGGGAUAUUAUUACACAGAAGUACUCUAUAUGAUUCCAUUACAUUUUUUAACAGGAAUGUGAAUGUAUAUCUUUAUUUUUAUAUGAAGCGCUUGACAUUUUCCACAACAUGGCUCAGCAAGAGACCAGAUUUUCUAAAACGGUUUCAUUUUCGUUGUUUAAAAUGUUUAAAAUCUGUAGCCUUUUCUUUUAUUUGAUUUUUCUUUUUUUAACAAUGCCUUGAAUUCAUCAUUUUGUUAUAUCAAAAGUAUUUUGUACAAAACUUGCAUCUGGAUCAGUGUCAUGACAGACAAUACGUUUUGUAUGUUAUCGAUGCAGUAAUUCUGCUUCACACAGCAGAUUAGAUGAGGUGUGGUGAGUUCAUGUCCACUCUUGGUCACUGUGCUGAACAUCAGGGUUGGAAGGUGUCCUGCUUUCCACUGUACUGCCAUGUUGCUUACAGACAAUAAAGCCCCAGAGAGAUUUAUUGAAUCCUAAUCCUAA